GAGCUCAGGUAGCCAGGGGCCUUUUGGACGUGAAAGGUGCCCACGCCACCCCUGUGGGGGUCACGUCCACGACACGAUGGUCGGUGGGGCCGAGAGAAAACAGACGCGCAAGUGCCCAAAGUUUUCCUCUGAGCGCUUUGCUGGACUUAACUUUGAAAUGUGAGGCAGAGCUGAGCAGUUUAACCAGUUUUAACACUAAGAAAACAGAGCGAGAGGGGGAGCAGGGCUUGCUUGCCUGCCUUUCAGUUCUUAGUCCCAGGGCUUAAUCGCGUCUGUCUCCAAGGGCCAUGGCGAGGGAGACAGUGGACACAACUGGCUGUCUUCCUUCUGCUUCGGGUCAUGGUUUAUUUAACAGGCUUGGGGCUUAGGUUACAAGCCACCAGAGGGGAGUCUGAGUUUAAUCUUAGACAUAAUCAGAAUUUGAAUCAACAAAUAUUUGUUGAGCAGUCAUUGACUAACCAGCAAGACCUCGGUUUCCAGUGUGAGGUGAAGAAACUCCAGGUUUGAGGUGAACAUGGCUACCCUGUCUGAAUCCUAGAAGACCCAGGUGUGCCUGAAGGAGUGGGCCAGAGUUCAGAUCCAGUAGCUGCAGCCCCAAGUCGUCUUUGGAUCCUAGUGACCUGGACAUGAUUUCCACAAGGGUGAUGGACAUUAAACUUCGGGAGGCUGCUGAAGGCCUUGGGGAAGACAGCGCAGGAAAGAAAAAGUCCAAGUUUAAAACUUUUAAGAAGCUGUUUGGGAAGAAGAAGAGAAAGGAAUCGCCCUCACCCACAGGAAACAGCACCUGGAAGCAAAAUCCUGCCAAGAGUGAGGUGAUUGCCAUUGAGGAGUCGGGGCCCGUGUAUGACUCUGAAGAUGAGCUGGAGGAGUCCAGGGGCACUAUGGGCAGCCGGGCCCUCUCCCACGACAGUAUUUUCUUCCCUGAAUCCGGACAGGACCCUGCUCGGCCUGUGCGGGUGUUCUCCCAAGAAAAUGUGUGUGACCGGAUCAAAGCUUUGCAGUUAAAGAUACAAUGUAACGUGAAGAUGGGGCCACCACCUCCGGGAGGCAUUCCUAUCAAGCGGGCAGAGGAAACUGGCAUGAGCUCUGAGGAUGACGGACUGCCCCGGAGCCCCCCAGAGAUGUCCCUGCUGCACGAUGUGGGUCCAGGCACAACUAUAAAGAUCCUAGUGUCCUCAUCCCGGCCACAGUCUCCUGACCAUAUGAGCGAUGCCUCCGUCUCGUCUCGGACCUUGGAUGGUAGCCUGGCACCUGUGGUUGACUUCAGCCACCCUCCAGAGUUCUCCUCCUGCCUGGACAACUCUGCAGCUAAACACAAGCUCCUAGUGAAGCCCCGCAACCAGCGAUCAAGUAAACUGAGGCGGCUGUCUUCGAGGGCACAGUCUGAAUGCCUGAGUGAUCUGUCAUGGACCCUAGAGGAGGAAGACUAUGAUGAGAAGCCAUUGCUUCAUGUCAGCAUGGAAGAGAACCCAGAUGCUCGGCAGCGGAAUUUGAUGCCGGGCAGAAGGCCUGAGUUUGGGGGACCUGCAAUCUUGCUGUCACCUGGGGGGGCCUGUGCCAGGCGUGCUCGCCUACAGCACAGCACAGCAGUCAGUGCGAGCAUGGAGGAGGGAGGCUGUCCCAGAGAUGAACCCUCAAGUCUUCCAGCUAUGCCAGAAGUCAUUGAGCCCAUGGUGGUCUCAGUCCCAUGCUUGGAGUCCCCAUCUCUGCCAGAAAGUUCUCCAAACCAUAUUCCCCAUGUUGAAAUCCAGAAGGAAGAGCUGUCCACUGGAGGCCCAUGUCCCCUAGUGGAGAGUACAUCAGAGGAAGUUUCUUGUGGUUCUGGAGAUGCAGAAAUCCCACUAUCUACUGAUGUCCCUGAGGGGGACAUGGCACCUUCCAAGGAGGGCUCUGCACUUCCUGAGGGAGACCCAGCAAUUUCUGAAAGAGACAUGACACUCCCUGGAAAAGAUUCUAUACUUCCUGAGGGAAACACAACACCUUCCAAGGGUGUCAUAGCACCUCCUGAGAGCGACAUGUCACCUUCCGAGGGAGACAUGGCACCUCCCAAGAGGAUCAUGGCACCUCCAGAGAGAGAUAUGUCACCUUCCAAGGGAGACGUGGCACCUCCCAAGAGGAUCAUGGAACCCCCAGAGAGAGAUAUGUCACCUUCCAAGGGAGACGUGGCACCUCCCAAGAGGAUCAUGGGACCCCCAGAGAGAGACAUGUCACCUUCCGAGGGAAACGUGGCACCUCCCAAGAGGAUCAUGGUACCUCCAGAGAGAGACAUGUCACCUUCUGAGGGAGACGUGGCACCUCCCAAGAGGAUCACGGAACCCCCAGAGAGAGACAUGUCACCUUCCGAGGGAGACGUGGCACCUCCCAAGAGGAACAUGGAACCCCCAGAGAGAGACAUGUCACCUUCCGAGGGAGACGUGGCACCUCCCAAGAGGAUCAUGGCACCCCCAGAAAGAGACAUGUCACCUUCCAAGGGAGACGUGGCACCACCCAAAGGAAUCAUGGAGCCUCCUAAUAGGGACACAUUACUUACAAAGGGAGACACACCACCUCCUGAGACUAUCACUGAUACCAACUUGGAGAUACCUUCAGAUGCAGAGAGACAGGACCAAAGUGUCCGGAAGGAAGAGGAGCUGACCCUGGAGGUACCCAGACCUGGAGGAGCGGGGCCAGAGUCUUCCACAGCCCCUGCCCCAAGCCCUCCAGUACCCAAGAGCUGCCUGAAGCACAAGGCCUUGGUCCCUAGUGGGUCUCCCGCAGAGUCUCCUCUGAAAGAGCCCAGCCCAGCAGUCCAGGACAAAGCAGUUGUGCCUCCUGCCCGCCCCAGGCCUACACAAGCUGCAACCUCAGGAGGUCCAGAGAGGGCAGCCCUGGGGAGAAAGAGCGAGCGGAGUGCGGAGCCACAGCGCAGCGUUAAGAGGUUUUCUGUGACUUCCAGCAGGGCACGUGCUCGGGCCAGCAGCUCUCGCCUUCCGGAAUAUUCUACGCAUGUGCCUGCAGGGGGCCGGGCACCUUUGCUGCGGAGUGGCCUUGCCUGGAAGAGUGAGGCAGCACUUGAUGACCUUCAGGUGCCGCCAAAGCCACAGGCCCGGAAGACAAUGGGUGGUGACCCUCAAGACUCAGGGGAUGUGGGGGCCGGCCAGGCAGGACCGGGCAAGAGCCCCCAGGAUGCUGAGCCAUGUGCCUCCUCUGUGCAGGAGACAGCCCAUGGGGAGGACCAGAGCCCCUUCCCAGUCAAGCUGCGGUCCACCUCACUCUCACUUAAAUACAGAGACAGCUCUGCCCAGGAGGCCAAAGCCAUCAAGAGGUACAGCGCUGAAGUCAGGAUGGAGAAAGGAGGCCUGGCUCUGCUUCCCAAAGAUGAACAGAGCCACAUCGGGGUUGCCCCCGCACUGCGAGGCUCCAGGUCCCCCAACGGGCAAGCGAAAGGAAAGACCAGGUCUCCUGAGCAGCCGGGUACCAAGCCACCCCUGCCCAGGAAGCCGCUUCUGCCGAGCCUUACCUUGCCAUACCCACCCGCAGGCCUGGAUACCAGCCCUGGGGAGUCCGAGAGACUCAUACAAGUCAUUCUGCCUCCCGAGCCCAAGAAGGAGAAGUCGCCCCAUCAGGGAGCUGAAAAGGGUCAGCCUCCUGCGGCUACAGGUCCUGGGGCUGAUGGGCAACCUACCCCACCCUGGAUCACCAUGGCCAGACAGAAGAGAAGAGGAGCCCCAGACCAACCUGUCAACCAGGAAGAGAAGUCUGGGUCGAGGCUCCUAAAGACAGAAACUGGAAAGCAAGCCAAGAUGGUCGAGAGAGCCCAGGAGUCUGUGAAGCAGGGUGACUUCGUCCGGAGCAAGUCCUUCCUGAUGACCCCUGCAAAGCCUGCUGUGACCCAGAGGCAGGGGUCAAAACUAAACCUCAAGGAGGGACUGCAGAGAGGAAUCUCACUGUCCCAUCAGAACUUGGCAGCUCAGGCUGCAGCGACCACAGAGAAGGAACUCCAUCAGCUGAAGAGAGCCAGUUACGCUAGUACAGACCAGCCAUCCUGGAUGGAACUCGCCAGAAAGAAGUCUCAAGCCUGGAGCGACAUGCCCCAAAUCAUAAAAUAGAUUGGCAGCCUGCUGAUGAAAGAUGUCCGCUGUAUCGAUGAGCCGCUUAAGUUUUAAACUGCCAAUAAAUCAUGGCAAGCAGACUGUGAAACUUACGAUUGAUUUUUGUCAACGGGUUCUGAUGUGCUCAGAGGAGAGAGAAGAACCAGGGGGAACAAAGAAGACCAGCAGACAGCCUCAGUGCCGGGCCAGAGGGGCUGUGGCAAGAAUGUUGCAAAGUCCAGGGGCGCCAUUCCUGUGCUGAGCUGCCAGCGUGAGCCUAGAGUUCCAGGUCUGUGCUGCCUCUUGCCAUCAGCCAGUGCCUCUGGCCACCGUCUUGCCGUGGACCACCGUGGUCUUUCUUGUUUACUAAUAGGCAUGAUGUUUGUGGUAAAGCAAGGAUGCCCUUUUCAAGAGCAGCUACCUUCUUAACAAUCCAGUUUCCUGAAGAAACCCACCCACCCCGAGAAGGAGAGGAAGGGACGUGGCAGGGUUUGUCAAUUCAUAGACUGUUUCCAAAAAGAAUUUUUAAACUUUUCCACUAGGCAUCUGUGUCCUGAACCAUUGCAAAAUGCAUUGCCUGUUUAAUAAAAAGUUUCAGACAUGU